AUGACACCACCACUCAAUCCCUCCUCAUCUAUUCUCAUCAUCGGCGCAGGAACAUGGGGCUGCUCGACGGCUCUGCAUCUCGCCCGUCGGGGAUAUAAAAAUGUUACCGUGCUGGAUCCCCAUCCGGUGCCGUCGCCCAUUGCGGCUGGGAAUGAUAUUAACAAGAUCAUGGAACAUCGGGAAUUGAAAGACCCCAACUCCGACCCCAUAAGCGUCGCCUUCGAAACAUGCACCAGAGCGGCAUUGAACGGGUGGAAGACAGACCCGGUCUUUCAGCCCUACUUCCAUGAAACGGGGGCGAUUGUGUCUGGUCAUACACCAGAGUUGAUCAAACACAUCCAAGAAGAUGAAAUCGAUCCAACAAAGUCCGAGCAUCUGGUGAAGCUGAAGACGGCAGAGGACUUCUGCAAGACCAUGCCCCCGGGUAUAUUAACAGGUGAUUUCCCGGGGUGGAAAGGCUGGUUCAAUAAGACCGGUGCAGGAUGGAUCCAUGCCCGGAAGGCUAUGGUCUCUGCUUAUACCGAAGCGAAGAGAUUGGGUGUCACUUUCGUGACAGGUUCACCACAGGGAAAUAUAAUCUCGCUAGUCUACGAAAACGGAGACGUUAUCGGAGCCAGAACCGAAGACGGAAUCAUCCACCAUGCACAGCAUACCAUCCUCGCCGCCGGCGCAGGCAGUGACCGUCUCAUAGACUUCAAAAACCAACUCCGCCCAACAGCAUGGACAUUAUGCCACAUCCGCAUGACCCCCGAAGAAGCGCAACAAUACCGCAACCUUCCCGUGCUCUUCAACAUCGCCAAAGGUUUCUUCAUGGAGCCCGACGAGGACAAGCACGAGCUUAAGAUCUGCGACGAACAUCCCGGAUACUGCAAUUUCGUGCCUGAUCCACAGCACUCUGGAGAGAUACGUAGUAUCCCGUUUGCGAAGCACCAGAUCCCGCUCGAGGCGGAGGCGCGGGCUAGAGAUUUCCUAAGUGAUACGAUGCCGCAUUUGGUGGGGAGGCCGUUGGCCUUUGCGAGGAUUUGCUGGGAUGCUGAUACGGUGGAUCGGGCGUUUUUGAUUGAUCGGCAUCCGGAGCAUUCAUCGCUGUUGUUGGCUGUUGGGGGGUCGGGGAAUGGGGCGAUGCAGAUGCCUACGAUUGGGGGGUUUAUUGCAGAUGCUUUGGAGGGGAGUCUGCAGGAGGAAUUAAAGCGUGUUGUGCGGUGGCGGCCGGUGAUAGCUGUUCAUCGGGACUGGAGGUCUACUCAGAAUCGGUAUGGGGGGCCUUUUAAGGUUAUGGAUUUUCAAGAGGUGGGUGAAAAUGGGUGGACAAAAAUCGUUGAAAGCGCCAAAAGUCGACUGUGA